CUAUCUUCUUAUAGUAGUGUGUGUCAUGAUUCUUAGAUCAUUUGUGUGCUUUUUGUUCUGUGGAAGUCUCUCCAGUAAGCUUCCCAUACUUAUACGGCUCUUGGAUACGUUCGACAGAAAAAAAACACCUUUAUUGAUUGACAAAAACGGAAAUAAUGUUCUGCGGUCGUUCGCCCUUUGGACCGUCUUACCCAUGGUCACUGGUUUUAUCGCCAUCGGUAUAUCCUUCAUGGAAUCAGCCCAAGUUGUUCUAGAAACCAUCCCUCCAGAACUAGGAGCUACGAAUGUGGCUGUGGCCGCCUACUUCUUCGGAGGACUAAGCAUCUGGCAGGUUUUGCCCCUCCUCAUGUACAUCUACUUUUCCAUCAAAAUCAAGAGCAAUUUUGACAUUAUUAACGACACUAUCGCGAGAAAGGGAUACUCGGGAUGUAUUUUUGACGAAGACAUUAAGUACCCGGAAGAUAUGGCUGAAGCUAUGGAGUAUUUCAGGCACAUGCAUAACGUUUGUAGUAAGAGUGUGCACGUAUUGGGGACCUUCUAUGGAAAUUUCAUGGCUAUAGAUCAAUUCUGUAUCAUCGUCAUGGUCAUUGCUAAUAUCUGUACUUUUAUAAAAGACAAGGGCCACGACUCCCAUCUGUUGACACUGACGAUUUUUAAUAUCUUAGUUGUGGUAGCAGUGCUUGUGAUUUCCCAUCAGAUUAAGGAUUCUGGGACGAAGAUCGUGGAUUUGCUGCAUGGGAUUGUGUUUUCACGGGUCAGCGAGAAGUGUCGUACUGAGAUACAAACCUUCAUGUUGCAAAUCAGCGUGUUGCCCCCUGAAGUAUCAGCAGCGGGAUUCUUCAUAAUCGACAAACGCCAAAUUCCGUCAGUCUUGUCAUCUAUCGCUACGUAUCUCGUGGUUUCCAUCCAGUUCCUCGACGAAGCAAAACUUGAAGAAAUGGUGGCCCGAAACUGUACACCAAAUUCACUACUUUAACAAAAUCACAGUUCCAUCAAGUCAAAAUUUUCAUCCAAGCCCACAAAAUAGGAACGAGACCUUCCCCCCCUUUGGCUUUAAUAGUUCCUCUGUAGCGACAAACGUAGCCACAACUUUCAAUUACUCUAGCUGUGGCUUCCAGGACUUGAAUGUGGUCACCUAGACCCAAAGUAUCCAUUCGGGACGCCAUAUUUACAGGAUCGCCCCAUAUAUCAUACAGAGGCUUCUUCGAACCCACGACACCGACAGCCACGGAACCGUGAGAUAUUCCUACAAACAAAAAAUGUACAUAUUCGCCAUCACCAAAACUAAUAAAACCUAUUCUUAGUUUCAA